AUGAGUUAUGUUAAGAAAGAUGAGGAUGCCGAUCAGAUAAUGAUGAAGUUGGAUAGAACAUCGGUUUUUCAAGACGCCCGACUUUUCAAUUCCUCUCCCAUAUCCCCGCGAAGAUGUCGAACCCUUCUUACAAAGAUCGCCAUCCUCCUCUUUACGGGGGAGAAGUUCCCGACGAAUGAGGCUACGACGCUGUUCUUUGGCAUCUCCAAACUCUUCCAGAACAAGGAUCCGUCCCUACGGCAGAUGGUGUACCUAAUUUUGAAGGAGUUGGCGGGUACCGCUGAGGAUGUUAUUAUGUCUACCUCUAUCAUCAUGAAGGAUACCUCUGUUGGAAGUGAUGUUCUUUAUCGGGCUAAUGCCAUUCGAGCAUUGUGCCGUAUAAUAGAUGCUACAACUGUUCAAGCGAUUGAACGGCUUAUAAAAACGGCAAUUGUUGAUAAGACUCCUUCAGUUUCGUCAGCCGCACUUGUAUCCUCAUAUCAUCUCCUUCCCGUUGCCAGAGAUGUCGUUAGAAGGUGGCAAAGCGAAACCCAGGAGGCUGCGUCCUCGGCCAAGCAGUCUACCAGUUUCCUCGGAUUUACAACAAGCGGACAAGCGCACUCUAUUUCGCAAACGAAUUACAUGACUCAAUACCACGCCAUUGGUCUUCUUUAUCAAAUGCGUGCUCAUGAUAGAAUGGCAUUGGUAAAAAUGGUUCAACAGUAUGGCACAGCGGGCGCUGUCAGGAGCCCCGCUGCUCUUGUGCUGCUUGUACGAUUGGCUGCCAAACUAGCGGAUGAGGACCAGAGCCUUCGAAAACCGAUGAUGCAAAUGCUCGAUGGCUGGCUACGACAUAAACAUGAAAUGGUCAAUUUCGAGGCUGCCAGAGCAAUUUGCCAAAUGCGAGACGUCACAGAUGCGGAGGCAUCCCAGGCUGUCCAUGUCCUGCAACUGUUCCUUUCAUCUCCUCGCCCCGUUAGCAAGUUUGCUGCCAUCAGAACUUUGCACAGCUUGGCCUCCUUCAAACCCAACGUUGUGAACCCUUGCAAUCAAGAUAUUGAAGCCUUGAUCUCCAAUAGCAACAGAUCGAUUGCAACUUUUGCAAUUACGACUCUACUUAAAACCGGAAACGAAGCCAGUGUAGAUCGUUUGAUGACUCAGAUUUCUGGGUUCAUGGCUGACACAACCGACGAGUUUAAGAUCACAAUCGUUGAGGCUAUCAGAACUCUUUGCCUUAAGUUUCCAAACAAGCAAGCAGGCAUGCUUACUUUCCUAAGUGGUAUACUGAGAGAUGAAGGGGGCUAUGAAUUUAAGAGAAGUGUGGUUGAGAGCAUGUUUGACCUCAUUAAAUUCAUGCCUGGAAGCAAAGAAGAAGCACUCGCACAUUUAUGUGAAUUCAUCGAGGAUUGCGAAUUUACCAAGCUCGCAGUCAGAAUCCUACACCUCUUGGGUGUUGAAGGACCAAAGACCUCACAACCUACGAAGUAUAUCCGAUAUAUUUAUAACCGAGUUGUUUUGGAAAAUUCUGUAAUCCGUGCUGCUGCUGUGACAGCAUUAGCUAAAUUUGGCGUCGGUCAAAAGGACCCAGAACUUAAGAGAAGCGUAAAUGUUCUUUUGACGCGAUGCUUGGAUGACACGGAUGACGAGGUUCGCGACCGUGCGGCCCUUAACCUACGACUGAUGAAGGAAGAGGAUGAAAUGGCAGAGCGAUUUAUUAAAAACGAUUCGAUGUUUUCCUUGUCCACCUUUGAACACCAGCUUGUCAUGUACGUGACUUCUACGGAUAAAGAGACAUUUGCCACAGCAUUUGACCUCAACACCAUACCCGUUGUAUCGCAAGAGCAAGCGUUAGCUGAAGAACGAACGAAGAAGCUCACGACUGCGACGCCAACCCUCAAAGCUCCGUCGAUGACUCCGUCAAAAGCCAUAUCAUCUUCUGGAGCAGAGAGGGCUGCUCUCGCUGCCGCUGCGACACAGAAAUAUGCUGAACAGCUCGCACAAAUACCAGAGCUCAAGGCAUACGGAACUCUGCUCAAAUCAUCCACUCCUGUUGAGCUCACCGAAAGCGAGACGGAAUAUGUCGUCAGUGCAAUUAAGCAUAUAUUUAAGGAGCAUGUUGUCUUGCAGUACGACAUCAAAAAUACGCUGCCAGACACACUUCUCGAAAAUGUGUCCGUUGUGGUUUCUCCUUCCGACGACGACGAAUCGUUAGAAGAAGAUUUCACUGUGCCAGCACCCAGGCUUCUUUCGAAUGAUCCUGGAAUAGUAUAUGUUGCGUUUAAGAAACUUGGAGGCGAACAUAACUUCCCUGUAACUUCAUUUACAAACAACUUGAAGUUCACGAGCAAGGAAAUAGACCCCACCACUGGCGAACCAGAGGAGAGUGGUUACGAGGAUGAGUAUCAGGUUGAAGAUCUGGAUCUAACUGGCAGUGACUACGUCGUCCCCGCAUUUGUUGGUAGCUUCGAUCAUGUGUGGGAACAAACUGGCGCCAAUGGUGAAGAAGCCAGUGAAACCCUCCAACUUUCCAACGUGAAAGGCAUUGCUGAUGCAACCGAGCAACUUAUUGCAACGCUGUCACUUCAGCCACUUGAAGGCUCUGAUAUCGUCCUCACCAAUACCACGCACUCACUGAAACUGUACGGCAAGACUGUUUCAGGUGGCAGAGUCGCAGGGUUAGUGAGAAUGGCAUAUUCAGCUAAGUCCGGCGUGACGACCAAAAUAACGAUUCGCGCUGAGGAGGAAGGCAUUGCUGCGACAGUAAUCGCUUCUGUUGCAUAG